AUGACGUCGCAGGAAGCGGCCCCGUUGUUGGGCAAGACGACAGAGCGUGUGGAUGCUAAGGAGAAGAAAAACACGUUCUCGCGUUGGCGGGACGACGAUGCGGACGACGACAGCAGAAGUGGAGAUCCGCUGUCCCCCAAGCGGAGACGCAAGUCGGCCCAGCGUCAAAUGCUGUGUAUGCAGUUCAGUCUAUUGCUACUGCUAGCCUGGGACUUGGCCAGUCUACUCGUAGUCUGCAGCUUGAGUCUCGGAGGCUCAGCCUUCACGCGACUAGGGUGGCUACUGGACGUGCAACAGCCUCAAUGGCGCUUCUGGGGGCUGCCCGUCUGGGCCACGCUGAUCAAGAGCGUGUUGUUCCUGCUGGCGACGCGUUGGCCUGACGCACGCGCGGUCACGUGGCUCGUCAAUGUUUUCUGCCUUGCCUUUCUGGGUGUCUUGGCGGUGGACGCUUUCAAGUUGGACGCUAUUUCGCGUCUGGAUGAGGAGAAACAGGCUCUAGUGGACGCUAAUGUGGCCAACUCGCUGCCAUUGAUCUUCACUGUACUCGAAGUAGUCAACUUGAGCUACUUACUAGACUCGAUCCGGACUCCAGCGCCAGCAGAGAGUGAAGCGCUGCCCCAAGUGGCUGCUGACAAGUCGACGGACCCUGCGAAGCCUCGUGGGAUCUCGUUCGUGAAGCUCGUGUACAUCUUAAAGCCAUACUUUUGGCCACAUGGGUUUGCCAACAAGCUGCGUGCUGCAAGUACGUACCUGGUGCUAAUUCUCAGCAAGCUGGCGAAUCUGGCUGCCCCGCUUUUUAUGGCAUCGGCCACGAACGCGCUGGUGGCCAAAGAUACUAGCGGUGCGAUUCGAGAUAUCGCCAUUUUCAGCUUUUUGACGCUCGUGUCCAAGUUAUUCAAGGAACUGCAGUCGCUGAUUUACCUCAAGGUGAAGCAGACGGCAUAUAUUGAGCUGGCUACGCUGACGUAUGAGCACGUGCAGUCUCUUUCGUACGACUGGCACGUGCAAAAGAAACUGGGCGAUGUGUUGCGCUCGAUGGACCGUGGAGUGGAAUCCGCGAACAGCGUUGUGUCGUAUGUGUUUCUGUACCUGAUACCGACCCUGGCGGAGUCUGGCGUGGUGAUCGUGAUCUUUGCGAUGCAUUUCGAACUGGCCGGACUGAGCUACGUGGCGUUCACCACGUUGGUGAUUUAUGCUUACGUCACUAUUAAAAUCACACUCUGGCGUAAGAAAUACCGCGAGGCUUCGAUGCGCCAUGACAACGAGUACCAUGACAAGGCUACAGAUGCGCUGCUGAACUACGAGACCAUCAAGUACUUUGGAAACGAGCGACACGAAGUCGAGGAAUACUCCAAGGUGAUCGAGAAGUACCAGCGUUAUUCAGUAUCAGUGCAGGCGUCGCUUAGUGUGUUGAAUGGAACCCAAGCUAUCAUCAUCCAGGCUACCGUCUUGGGGGCACUUGCCCUAGCAGCGCCACAUGUGGUGAGUGAGGACAGUGGACGCAGAAUUGAUAUCGGAGCUUUCGUUGCCAUCUCCGUGUACCUCACGAACCUUUUCGCGCCGCUGUUUUUCCUGGGUGGUAUCUACAAUAUGGUGAUCAACUCGGUUGUCGACAUGAAGAAGUUGAGUGAGUUGCUUUCGGUGGAGCCAGAUAUUGCUGACUCGCCCGAUGCGGUAGAGCUCGGCGUCUGCAAAUACGAUUCGGAGAAUGGCAUUGACGUGGCGUUCCGUCACGUGUCUUUCCAUUACCCUUCGCAGCCAGCCACUACGGGGGUCAAGGACCUGAACUUCACCAUUCCGCGUGGCACGACUACAGCUCUUGUUGGUGAGACUGGUGCCGGCAAGACCACAAUUUCACGACUGCUCUUCCGCUUUUACGAAUGCAAUACUGGAAAGAUUUUAGUGAACCGCCACAACAUUGCCACGGUAACGCAGCAGUCGCUACGCCAAGCCAUUGGUAUUGUUCCCCAGGAUACUGUGCUUUUCAAUGACACCAUUCUCCGCAACAUCAAGUAUGGUAACCUAAAUGCGACGUUUGACCAGGUCGUCGACGCCGCCAAGGCCGCUCGCAUCUAUGAUUUUAUCAUGAAGCUCCCAGAUCAAUGGAACACGAAGGUGGGCGAGCGUGGACUAAAGCUUUCCGGCGGUGAAAAGCAGCGAGUUGCCAUUGCGCGUACGUUACUGAAGGACCCGCCUUUUGUCAUUCUGGAUGAGGCUACUUCAGCACUCGACACGGUCACGGAGCAGGAGAUCCAGGCGGCUCUCAAUCGCCUUAAGGCUAAUCGGACUAUGCUGGUUAUCGCUCAUCGUCUGUCCACGAUUCGCAACGCACACCAGAUCAUUGUCAUGCAGGAUGGUGUUAUCGCUGAGCGUGGCACUCACGAUGAGCUCGUGGGACAGCGCGAUAGUAUCUACGCUGGGAUGUGGGAUGCCCAGCGCAAGCACGAGGGAGACAGAUUAUCAGUAGAAGAGGCUCAGGUCGAAGAGGAUAAAUGA